CAUGAGUUUCAGCCGUAGUAGUGAACAUACUUAUCAGCCUGGUCCGCUGCUGCUCCUUGGGAUUGUCGCUACCAGCCUGUUAUCACUGGUUGUUCCCCAGCUCGUCGUCAGGACUCCCCCCGAAGGUGGUUAAAGUCCCUCUUAGCUUCAACCGCGUUCGCUUAGCCUGACGACACUGCAGGCGAUACGACGCGGAGUCCCUGAUGUGUGCCUGACGUCUCGCAUUCGCCAGGAGCCGUCCGAUAGCAUCUUCACGGUUCUAAAUCGUCGCGAUGUCCGUGAUGGCGAAUCCGUUUCCCGCCAUCUCCGCACACUCGCAGGCGUCGUACCAGGUACCCCUGAUCAAGCCGUCUGAUAAACCCAAACCCUCGGGUCUCCCCCCUCCGAUUUCUCGCUCCCAGUUGCUAGGGAUCCGGCUCCCAGUCUCGAGGAUCUCGGUUUUAAGAGUGACCACCCGUUAUAGUGUCCCGGCUACAAUCACGGGGACGUCUAGCCAUUCUGGUUAUUUGACUAGAUUAAGAAGUGAUACGGUUAGGCAAGCUGGCACGGGAAGGUUCGGUCAGGCUCGGCAAUGCUGCAGUGGUCAAAGUGAGAGCAGACAGGAUAGGAGGGUGGUUCGGUCGCUAGCGUCGUCGUCUGAUUCCGAGGCGUGGACGACGGUUGUCGGAGGGACAAGCGACGGCGACGCAGCUAAUGCGACGCGUGCGACAACUGCGACAGGCGCGGCGACAAGCAGCAGCCAGCAGCUGGCAUUGUCGCAGGAUGGAUCGCACGCGAAAGUGAAGGCGGAGGGGGGACAGGCGGGGGUGAAUGGUCAGGCGGAGGCGAUUAGGGUUUUGGACGGAGGGGUGGAGGGGGGAGAGGAGGAAGACGAGGAGGAAUGGGAAGAUGGCGAGGAGGAUGAGGAUGAGGAGGAAGAGGAGGAGGAGGGGUGGGAGGAGGAGGAAGGGGAGGAAGAGGAGGAGGAGAGUGAGGAUGAGAGGAGGGAGAGGAGGCAGCGGUCGGAGCAGUGGCUGAUGAAUUUCGACCAGCUUGGCUCCUCAGUGCCUUUAUCCGCGCUGGACCCCCAGCAGCUGCGCCUGUUCUUCGCGGAGUCGCUGUCGCGCAGCAGCCGCGCGGGCGAGGGCGCGCAGGUGGAGCGGCGCAUGGAGGAGAUGCGGCGCCUGGGGCUCCGCGCGGGGGGCCGGGCGCACCACGCCGCGGUGGUCGUGCACACCGCCCAGGGGGACCUGUUCGAAGCGCGCCGCGCCCUGCGGCGCAUGCUGAACAGCGGGGUCUUCCCCCUCUAUGAGACGCUGGUGGCGGUGCUGCGGCUGAGCGGGCGGCGGGGGCAGGUGGCGGAGGGGGAGGGCAUUCUCGCGCUCAUGGGGGAGCUCAAGCUCAACCAGCGGGCGGCAUGGGUCGUCCUCAUCGAGGAGCUGUUUGCGUCCGGCAACCACGCGGAGGGGAAAGCCCUGCUGCUACGGGGGGUGGAGGACGGGCUUUGGCCCACUGAUGGGCUGAUCGACGCCGUGGUGGAGGGCAGCUGCCGGGAGGGCCGGCACGCCGACGCACAUGAUGUGAUGAAUGCGCUCGCUCAGAGGGGGUGGAUGCCGUCCACCUUCCACCACAACUGCGUGCUCAUGAGCAUGAGCAAGGCGGGUGUGCCGGACAUUGCAGUGCAGAAGCUGGAAGCCAUGGUGGAGGAGCAGCGAGAGGGGCUGAAGGAGAGUCGCAGGGAGGGCAAGCCGGAUGUGCACUCCUACAACUGGGUGCUCGAGGCGUUCGCCGCGCACCCGCAGGAGAGGUACGAGGACUCACUGGAGUUCAUCGGCCACAUGGUGGAGGACAGCAACGUGAAGCCCAACGGCAAGACCUACGCGUACCGGAGGAGACGCAUGAGUCCAGGGGACAGAGACAUUGCGGUUGCAAAAUGCGCAGAGCUGUUGGAAGCGGGGUUGAUCAGGGAGUCCACAUCAGAAUAUGCAGCAGCGACGGUGGUAGCCGCAAGGAAGGAUCUAACCGGAGAAACGUUAGCCCGACGAAUGUGUGGGGAUUACCGAGGUAUUAACCGGAUCACCAAGAGCGACCGAUACCCAAUGCCCAUGGCCGAGGAGAUCUUCGAUAAGCUGGCCGCAGGACAGGUCUACUCAACCUUGGACCUCCGUCAAGGAUUCAACCAGAUACCAAUCAAGGAGGAGGAUAAGGCUAAGACGGCGUUUCAUGGGCCAGAUAGGCUGUACGAAUGGAAUUAUAUGCCAUUCGGGUUGAAGAACGCUUCAGCGAGGUUUGAGCGAGUGAUGGAUCAAGUGCUGAGGGAGGUACCUGGAGCACUCUGUUACGUAGACGACGUGGUAAUCUUCAGCGAAGAUGGGUCGCAGCACGUGGCAGAUGUAGCCGCCGCCCUAGCAGCAAUACAAGCGGCCGGACUGAAGUGCCAUCCAGGAAAGUGCCAUUUCGGGGUGAGGACAGUGGCGUACCUGGGGUUUCAGGUGGGGAAAGGAGGCCUCUCGGUGCAGCAGGCCAAAGUGGAGGUGGUUGAUAGACUCAAAGCGCCAACGGAUCGGAGCACCCUCCGCGCUCAGCUGGGCUUUCUGAGCUACUACCGCAAGUUCGUGCCGAACUUCAGCAAGACGGCAAGGCCCUUGAAUCUGCUCCUGAGAGAGGACAUGAGUUGGAAGUGGGAGGCAGAACAGGAUCUGGCGUGGAAGACCUUGAAGGAAGCAGUGAAGACCGCGCCUGUCCUGAAACUGCCCAGCCCGGAUGAGCCCUACACGUUGUACACUGACUGGAGCAGCAGUGGCAUGGGGGCAGUACUGUGCCAGCUGGAUGGGGGGACGGAGAGGGUAGUAGCAUAUGCCAGUCGGUCAUGCAGCCCAGCCGAAAGCAACUACAGUUCCUAUGAGGGGGAAGGAUUAGCCGCAGUCUGGGCGGUGGAACUCUUCCGGCCUUACCUGCAAGGCAGGAAAUUUACCCUAGUCACUGAUCAUCAACCCCUCCUGUGGCUGAUGACUAAUCAGACUCUGCAAGGGCGGAAUGCCAGGUGGGCCAUGCGGCUGCAGGAAUUCGAGUUUGACGUGAAGCAUCGGCCCGGGAAAACCCUGCAGCAUGUGGAUGGGCUCUCCAGGCUGGGGCCAGCAAUAGCUGGGGAACCAGAGAUAUUCUGCAAGGACUGGAACUUCCUAUCAGAAGCCGUGCGCCACUUCCGUGCAUUGCAGCGGCUACCGGGCGAGAUGUGCUGGCUCGACGUGCGGCGGGGCGAGCGCUACCAUGCCACUGCGCUCUUCCUCCGUGCUCUCUGCCGGGCAGGUCUGGUGCAGGAGAUGCAGCAGGUGCUGCAGGCAAUGGUGCGGGACGGAGUGAGGCUGCCGUCGUCGGCACUGCUGGUGGACAAGAGGACGAGGAGGACGCUGGUGUCGGCGUGGAUGCAGCCCUGCGACAUGGAGCCCGACUAUGGGGAGCCCACAGACUUUAUUAAACGGGCCACGGAGGAGUCCCAGGACUGGUCUAGCGAGAGGCGGGAGAAGCGCGACAUGGAGCGGCACGGCGGGUGGUGGCGCCUCAAGAUGGAGACGGAUGAGCUGCCGGGCUUCUGGCUGCCGCCGCCCAUCGUGUCGUUCGAGGAGAGCCUCGUGCGCCGCUUCCGGGCGUACCGCAAGGAGCUCUACUACACGCUCAUGUGGCGGGGAGUCGCGGCAUGGCCAGCAGAGUUAGGAGUGAGCAAGGAGGAGGCAGUGGAGGUGGCGGAGUGGCUGGAGAUGGAGCUGCAGAUUCAGGGGCCCACCGGGGCGGGGGGCGGCUCCAUGGGCGGAGGGGGAGGCGCCAUGCUGCCCAGCGCUGCCAGCACCAGCAGCACCGCUACCUCUGCUGCUGCCACCACUGCUACCAUCACUGCUAGCACCACCACCACUGCAGCCACCACCAGUGAAACCACGGCUCCCACUAGCAGCAGCAGCAGCAGUGGUGUGGGCUCCACGUGGGGCUUAACAGGCGGCUUGACUGGCGGCUUAACCGGGGGGCUGAUGGGGCCACGGGGCGGGGUGCGGGCACCCAAGGCGGCGAGUAAAAUGGUGGUGGGCGAGCUCAGGCAGGAGCUGGCGGGGCAGGGGCUGCCGACUGACGGCAACAGGGCGGUGCUGUAUGCAAGGGUGCAGAGGGCGAGGAGGCUCAAUAAAGCUCUGGGGAAACCCCUGUGGACGCCACAGACGAGGGAGCCAGUCAUGCAGGCGAGUGCAAGGGUUGAGUUUUUGCUAGAGCACCUCACCUUGAACGGCACAGCGGCGUCGUGGACGCAGGUGAUCGAGAUGAUGCGCGAGAGUGAGCGGCGCAAGAGCGCGGAGCAGCAGCAGCGCGAGCAGGACGAGCGGCAGCGGGCGGCUGAUGAGAAGCAGCGGGCGGCAGACGAGCAGCAGCGUGUGGAAGACCGGCGGAUCCGGGCGGCGCUGUCCGGCGGGAGGGAAGAAGACGAGGAGGAGGAGGAAUUGGAAGAGGAGGACGAAGAAGAGGAGGAAGAGGACGAGGAGGAGGAAGAGGAGGAGGAGGAAGAGGAGUUAGAGGUGGAUGACGUGAUGGAGGAUGAUGAGGAUGAGGACGAGGACGAGGAGGAGGAGGAGGUGGCGGUGGGGGAGGAGGACGAGGCGGUGGACGAAGAGGAGGUAGCGCCAGGCCAGGCGGGCGGCAUGCUGGGCGGCGCGGAGAGGGAGGUGUCGGUGCUGGCCAUGGAGGAGGAAGGGGUGCGGGGCGGGGGGGGGCUGCUCACCUCGCAGCUCGUUGGGGGUGGUGCCGGGGGGGGAGCAGGGAGCGCAGCCAGCAGGCCCAAGGCCAAGUCGUCGGAUCUGUACGACGAUGAUGACGAGGGGGAAGUGCAUGCAUCAGCGGCAUCGAUCCUCACGAAUUCGGCAGCGGCAGCAGCGGAGGAGGACGAUGAGAUGCGGGAGUUCAGGGCAGAGGAGGAUCAGAUCCCAGUGUCCACCACGCUGGGCGGCAUCUUCACGCUGGAGGAGCGCUGGGCGCACGAGUGGGAGAAGGCGGACAAAGAGAGGGUCGUGCUGCCGUGGAGCGAGCGCAUGGAGCUCGAUACGGCGUGGGCCGUCUUCCAACUGGUGAUUGAACUGGGCGGCGUGCCAACCCUGGCAGAUUGCUGCAUGGUGCUGUGGGCGGCAGUGGACGGCAAUGAUUGUCGAAUCAUGCUGGGGGUGGUCCAGAAGUCACACGCAGUUGGCCACACAUUUGGCAUCAACCUCUACAAGACCGUGGUGAACACGUGCCUCGGGCUCUUGGAGAUCGACACAGCAGUUGAGAUCCUCAACGACAUGCAGCGAGUGGGCGUCGAACCAGGCGACGACGUGUGGCAGCACGUGGAGGAGGCCCGCCAGGUGGCAGCUGAAAGGGUCGUCGAGGAGCAACGGCGGCGAGAGGCUGCUGAGGUGGCGGCUGCAGAGGCGGCAGCUGCUGACGUGGCUGCAGGUCCUGUGACGGAUGACGUGGUACCAGUACCGUUGGUUCAAGGGGAGGAAAGUGGAGUUGAUAGGCAAGUAGCAGGCUUGGAUGCAAGCACAGAAGCUUCAGGAGCAUCAGACAAACUGGACAAGCAACAGUGAAGGGUGAUGAACUACACCUCGUAAAGAGUAUUAUAGCUGCCGGCUGUGUCUAUUUCCUCACGCUGAAGCGCCCGUGAUUUGAAUUUCAGCACCCUUUUAAUUGCUUGCCUCGUACGCUUGGAAUGGGCUCCACCUAAAUGUAGGUUGCAAGUGUUUAGGA